AUGGUGGCCAAGCCAAAGUCUGCUCACGUCAUGCCGCCCAAGCCAGAGCCUGCUCACGUCAAACCUGCCAAGUCAGAGCCUACUCACGUCAAGCCUGCCAAGCCAGAGCCUGUUCACGUCAGGGCAGCUGUUCCAGAGUCUCGUUCCAUCAUGGCCGCUGUUCCAGAGCCUCGUCCUGUCAGGGCAGCCGUUCCAGAGUCUCGUCCCGUCAUGUCUACCACUCUUAGUAGGACAAAGUCAGUCCCAAGGCGUUCGAGACUGGCAUCCAACAUGGAAGAUCCACCACUGGUGUCUAUACGAGCUGCGGGUUACACCGCAAACUCUAUGCUCCCGAGCCAUGCUGACUCUGUGCUCUCAAGCGACACUGUUUCAACGCUCUCAAGCCUGCCGACCGCUACUCACUCCAGUUCCCCAGUUUCGCCAAAGGUGGCAGCCUCUGCUGCAGAACCUCCCGAGGUGGUGGCACCCACUCUAGUCCCCGAAUCUGUUCCUGAGUUCACUCUAGUCCCAGAGUCUGCUUCUGUGCCAGAGCCCGCUCCAAUCCCAGAGCCUGCUCCAGUACUCAAAUCCACUCCUGAGCCCGCUCCAGUCCCAGAGCCUGCUCCAGUACUUGAAUUUAUUCCAGAGCCGGUUCUAGUUCCAGAAUCCAUUUCUAAGUCUGCUCCAGAGUCCACCCCAGCUCAUGAGUCUGCUCCGGCCUACGAGUCUGAUCCAGAGUCCGCUCUAGUCUCCGAAUUCAUUCCCGAGUCUGUUCCUGUCCCCGAAUCCACUCCUGAGCUAACUCCAGUCCCUGAGUCCACUCCAGCUCCCCCAGAGGUGGCAACUUCCGUUGCAGAACUUCUCAUGGUGGUGACAUCUGCCUCUGCUCCUCCUGAGACAGCAGCGGUAUUCUUCCCUGAGCUCUCUGUGGUCCCAGUCACUUCUGAUUCCACCACGGACAAAAUUUUUAACUUUCCCUGUUUCCCGAUUCCUCUGUUAUGGCCGUAA